CCUAUCAUCAAACCGCCUGCUUCCAUUUCCAUUCCUGUCUCCUCUCACAGAAAAGAAAGAAACAUCAAACUUCACCAAUCUUUUUGGAUGAAAAACCUGAAACACUCUUCGAAUUGAUCUCCCCUCCCAUUAUCGUCCACCCAACCAAAACCCCAUUAGACCGACUUUUUUCUUCUCAUCAGUACCAUCAUCAUCAUAGGCAAUGCAACCUUUUUCUUCCUAAGAGAAAGAUAUAAUCUUCAUCAGCAUUAAUUCACCAACCCCGUUUUGAUAUAGCAUUUAUUUUAGUUAUACCACCAAUUGUCAUUCCUGAUGGAUCUGAUCUUCUCCGCUUGUUUAUUCGGCCUGCUUUCCGUCUUCCCAGGAAUUUCAGGGACUACAUUUACACUAGUAAAUAAAUGUGAACACACAGUUUGGCCUGGUAGCCUUGGCAACAGCCAGUUAGGUAGCACCGGAUUCGAACUACCAUCGGGGGGAUCCCGAUCGUUCCAGGCACCGCCCAGUUGGUCAGGUAGAUUCUGGGGCAGAACCGGGUGCACGUCAGACCAAACUACAGGUCAACUCACCUGCCAAACCGGUGACUGUGGUUCCAGCCAAGUUGAAUGCAAUGGCAACGGUGCAACCCCCCCUGCCACCUUAGCUGAGUUCACGAUGGGAUCAGGUACCCAGGAUUUCUACGACGUCAGUUUAGUCGACGGUUACAACUUGCCAAUGAUCGUGGAGCCAAGCGGUGGGUCAAGCGGCGCGUGCUUGUCAACAGGGUGCGUUACCGAUUUGAACCGGCAGUGUCCGACGGAGUUGCAGUUUGGGUCGGGUGAGGCCUGUCUGAGUGCAUGCGAGGCUUUUAAGACUCCCGAGUAUUGCUGUAACGGCGCGUUCGGCGCACCCGACACGUGUAAGCCGUCCGUUUAUUCAGAGAUGUUCAAAGCGGCGUGCCCGAGAUCGUAUAGCUACGCGUAUGAUGAUGCUACGAGUACGUUUACAUGUACGGGAGCUGAUUAUACGAUUACAUUCUGCCCUUCAUCAACAAGUCAAAAAUCUGCAAGCAAUACGACCCCAGCGACAGGAACGACAAGCACGACGUACGGAUCUAUUGCAGGGUCGGGAGAGGUCCCGAAGACAGACGACAACGGUUCAUGGUUUCCAGAUUUUCUUACGGGAGAGUCUUCCAGGACUCUUUCUUCUGCUGUUUUCAGCACCACAUUGUUGGCUUCUGCGAUAUCCUCUCUCUUCCUCUCUAGAUUUAGUUCAUAAAUUCUCGGCAGCUCUCCAACAACACAAAGCAGUUUAUUAACAAAACUAUAGUGGAAACGAAUUUGGGAUUCUUCUGCAGUAUGAGGAAGUGCUGUUCAGGUCCAGAUUGUAAAGCCCAAUAUUUUCCAGGCCACAUGUAUAGAUUAUUUGGAAAGAAAACUACUGGUACUAUUUUUUUUUCUUUAUAUUUUAGUCCUGGGAGAGUUGUACUCCAAAAGCAACAAAUUAGAACGGAAAGAGCCCUAGUCGUUAUUUUUAAUUCAUUAACAAGGCAUUUAAAGGUGUUA